AUGAGGAAGCUUGUUUAUGAGAAACAACAGACUUGGCAUAAAGCUCUUUAUGAUGCACUAUGGGUGGAUCGUAUAAAUCCAAAAAGAGCAAUUGGUAUGUCACCUUUUCAACUUUUGUAUGGGUUGAAUGUCGAGAGUCCAAUUACUAUGGAACUUCCAGCACUAAAGCUUGCCAAGGUCAUUGAAGAUGAAACAUAUCAAGAUUCACUAGAUAAGCGGAUUAUAUUUCUUUCUCAUUUGGAAGAAACAAGAGCUGAAGCGGUAGAUAGGAUUGUUGUCCACCAAAACCAAGUGAAGGCAUUGUUUGAUAAGAAAAUAGCUUCCCAUGAGCUAUCAGUUGGUGAUUAA